UCGAGAUCCCACACAGGAAAACAGCCUUGGGUUUACUUACAGGAGCAGUUACUGUGCCAGGGGGCUCGUAGAGUAACCUCAAGACUUGCCCAACAGGGAGACGUCAUGGGCUUCUGGAAGUUCUCCCCAUUCCUGGCUGUCAGCGUCUUAGUUCUGUACCUCUCAGGCAGCCUGCAUGCAGUGCCAUUCAGGCAGGACUUGGAGAACAGCCCGGACCUGGCCGGGCUCAGUGAGGAGGAAGCGCGCCUCCUGCUGGCAGCACUGAUGCAGGACUACGUGCAGAUGAAGGCCAGUGAGCUGGAGCAGGAGCAGGAGACAGAGGGCUCCAGCCUGGACAGCCCCAGAUCUAAGCGAUGUGGUAAUCUGAGUACCUGCAUGCUGGGCACCUACACACAGGACCUCAACAAGUUUCACACAUUCCCCCAAACUGCAAUUGGGGUCGGAGCACCUGGCAAGAAAAGGGAUACAGCCAGUGACUUGGAGUCAAACCACCGCACUCUUGUUGGCAUGCCCCAGGAUGCCAACUAAACUCCCUCUUCUCUCUAAUUUAUUUUCUUACUUUUCUCCCAUAACUUUAUGCAUGUGGUUCGUCUCCUGCAGCCCUUCGGGCUGUUAUUGGUGGCUUCCCUCUGGCAGAGAAUCUCUGGAACCUCAGAUGGGCAGAAAGGGGUGGGGGGAGAGGAGGACUCCAAGACCAGGAGAAAAUUAUCCAGGAAGAUAUGAGAGCAAGGGCAGCCCUUCUGAGGACCCUGAAGAUUCCCCAGCAGAGUGUCUCAGUCCUGCUUCUGACUGCUGGUCAUUUGGGGAAUAAAAUUAUUUUUCCAAAAAGAUCUUAGCUGUGAUGGUUGUUGUUGUAGCCCACAUCUCAGGCUUCCUGGUGUCUAGAACUUGUGCUUAGAAGUAGCCUUAGCCCCGGGGUAGGUGGACACAGGUGAGUGGUCCCUGUAGCCCAGCUCAAGCAUGAAGAAAAGGGCUGCCAAGGAGCAGGUAAGCACAUCUGGACCAGAUGCUACAAACUCUGCUCAUUUUCCAGGUAAGAUAAGAAAUUUUCAUUUUCUUAAGAAGGGGUAUUUUGUGCAUAUAACCAGGCUGUGGAUUCUAUAAUCCUUGUGAAUGGGCUUAGGUGUGGUGCUAUAAUCUACACUAGUCUAGUAAACCUUAGGUAAUUUUUAGCCUAUUUAUAUAGGAAAGAUCAGAACAGCCUGGUGUUAUACAGGAACAACCCUGUGUUUCCAUGGCCGGCCGGCCCUACCAAGAGUCAUCUUAGCAUUUUCUGACGCCCUAUGUCUAUGGGAAAGUCUAUGGGGUGCAGUCAUGGAGUUUUCCUUCAUGCCCUGUCAUUCUUCUGCUCCGAUAGAUACGUUAUGGAGACACUUGUGGUUAACUGGUAUCUCUCUGAGCAGCAACUUUACUAUGAUGGUCUCCAGGGGCAGGCUCCUCCCCCAACCUCUCACAGACAGAUUUUCUCUUUCUCAUCCUGCA